UUCGAUUCAUUGCAGAAGAGCAAAACACAAGCUCAUCACUCUUCAUAAACCCAGCUCGAACCUGGCCUGGUGAUCGUCUCUAGCAAUGGCAACCACCAGGAAGGCAAUCAUGGCGCUUCUUCUUGUAGCGCUCCUCCCUCUCAGCACCGUCGUCUCCUCCCGCACCGGGCCGUCUGCUCACCGCAGCCACGGCGGCCCGAAGCACCAGUCGCCUCCCGCUUCCCCUUCCCCGCCCCCCGCGCCCGCCGCGCUGGUGCGCGCCACCUGCAACUCGACGACCUACCCCGACCUGUGCGUGUCCACGCUGGGCGCCGACCCAUCCAGCGCCACGGCCGACGUGCGUGGCCUCUCCGCCAUCGCCGUCUCGGCCGCCGCCGCCAACGCCUCGGGCGGCGCCGCCACGGCGGCGGCGCUGCAGGCGCCGGCGGCCGCCGGCGACGCCACCGUGCAGGCGCUGCUCCGCACCUGCGCCGCCAAGUACGGCGAGGCCCGGGACGCGCUGGCGGCGGCGAGGGGCUCCAUCGCGGCGCAGGACUACGACAGCGCGUCCGUGCACGUGAGCGCCGCCGCCGAGUACCCGCAGGUGUGCAGGGUGCUGUUCCAGCGGCAGAGGCCCGGCGCCUACCCGGCGGAGCUGGCGGCCAGGGAGGUGGCGCUCCGGCAGCUCUGCACCGUGGCGCUCGACAUCAUCACGCUCCUCUCCAACAACAGCAACUAGCUGAUGCACUCCCAUGCAUCCAUCAUGCAAGACUGAUAUACCAACCCUACUAGCUAGUUACCUAAUAAUUACUUGAUUCAUUUCAUGUCUUAUAGACCAUCGAUACAUGCAUAUACAUGCGACGUAACUAGUCUCGUGAGUCUUACAUGUAAUGACACGUCUCUCGUGUUUAUGAUUUUGGUAUACAUAUAUGGGAAUAGGUUACUUUCACUUGUUAAUAAGUGUUUCAUUUAAUAAAUCGGCAUGCAAAUA